UGGCAUCUGAUUUAGUAAAAAGUCACGUUGUUGGCAUGGAAGUUUUUGACGCGCAAAAUUUUUGCAAAACAUAUGAAAUAAAAAUUAUUUUACAACGUUCAAAUGGAUUCUAACGAGAAACGGCUUUUGCUGAAGCAAACUAUUAAUUCGGUGACGGGUAAAGCGGAAUGGGAACCUGAAAAUUUGGACGAACACGACUAUUUUACAGACAUUGCAAGAUCUUCAUACGCUGAUAUGCUACACGACACUGAACGUAACAAGAUGUAUUAUGAUGCAAUAAAACUAGCUGUGUCGGAAAUGCACAAGCGGGGAAAAGUUGCGAAAGUUUUGGACAUUGGAACCGGCACAGGCUUACUAUCUAUGAUGGCAGCAACUGCUGGAGCUGAGAUUAUAACAGCUAUUGAAGUGUUUUCCCCCAUGGCGAAAGUCGCCGAAAUGGUAACAAAAGAAAACGGUUUCGAAAAAAUCCAAAUCAUCAACAAACAUUCAACGGAAGUUAAACUUGGGGAAGAUAUAAAAGAAAAGGCCAAUAUUCUGAUAACUGAAUUAUUUGACACCGAACUUAUUGGAGAAGGUGCUUUAAAUGCUUAUCAUCACGCUCUCCAUAACUUAAUGGAGGAAAACUGCAUUGCUGUUCCACAUAAAGCAACUACAUUUGUUCAAAUUGUUGAAUCUAAAAAGAUGUUAAAAUGGCACCAACUUUUUCCAAUCAAAAUCGGGAAAAAUAUUGAAAUUGAACCAAACCCUGAGUUAGUAUGUGGCAGUGGUGUACCUGCUGUACAUGAUAUACAACUCACUCAGUUUCCAACCGAUGAGUUCAAGGCUUUGAGCAAACCAACGUCGGUGUUUGAGUUCGAGUGGGGAAGCAAAGCCCUUAAGAAUGAACCGAGAUCAAAAAUGGCGAAAGUGAUGUCUACUGCAUCUGGGACCGCACAGGUGGUUCUUUCAUGGUGGGAUUUACAAAUGGAUCAAACUGGAAACAUAAUGUUAAGCACAGCACCAAUAUGGUGUCACCCCACGUCACAUAAUAUGCAAUGGAGAGAUCACUGGAUACAAAGUGUUUAUUUUCUACCUAAUCAAAUGCAUUACAACAAGGAUGAUAUCAUCAAGUUAAAGGCUUUUCACGACGAGUACUCAUUAUGGUUUAAUAUUGAUGAUUGUGAUGUCAUAAACAAACAAUGCAGUCGACCUCUAUGUGAUUAUCCACCUCGUAUGUUGUGGAGUCGACCCCGGUUAGGGAUGCUGAAUGAUAAACAUAGAAAUAAUAUAUUAGUCGAUGCGCUGCAGUGGUUAGAUGUCCGAGGAAAUAUUUUAUGCUUGAGCGAUUUUAGUUUGUUGCCUUUGUUUGCGGCACAAACGUGGAAAGAAUCGAAAACAAUCGCGCUGGAAAAAUCUGCAAUCGCUCAAAGAGGAUUGUAUGAAUUGGUGAAUUUUAAUAAAAUAGAUAAUGUGAAAGUUAUUAGGUAUGAAGCAGAUGAUAUCUCUAAGUGUUUGGAUAAUGCUAAGAUAGCAUUAUUCGCCGGCGAACCUUUUUUCGCAUCGUCAUAUCUGCCUUGGCACGACUUGCAUUUUUGGUAUGCCAGGUCGCAGCUGGAUGGCAACCUUUCACCUGGAUGUAAAGUGUUUCCUUGUAAAGCUUAUCUGUGCAUAGCUGCUGUUGAGUUCUCUGAUUUAUGGAAGAUAAGAGCACCUGUUGGGGAAGUGGAAGGAUUCCCUAUUUCAACCAUGGAUAAAAUGAUCAAUGAAGCUCUGGAGAAAAAGGAGUUUCAUGAACCUGAACCUCACGCCUUAUGGGAAUACCCGAAUACUAUGAUCACUAAGCCUGUAAGAGUAAUGUGCUUUGAUUUUGAGCAAUGCGUUCCGGAUAAGGUGAUAUCAUCCGUUGGAAAGCUGCCCUUAUUAACUGAUAGCAUUGCCCAAGUUUGCCAUGGUAUUGUGUUAUGGAUGGAGUAUCAGCUCACACCUAAUACUCAACACUGUAUAACCACUGGUAUGCUGCCUGCAAGUUUAGAUGGGGAAUUCAAUGUAGAUCAUUCAGCACCAAAGUGGAGCAUGCACCACAGACAAGCUGUGUUCUUUCUAAGAGAAUCUAUUAAAUUAUGCAAUGCUAAAACUGUUAAUUAUGAUUUAGAGUUCAAACCUGAAUCAGGAAAUAUUAAUAUGAAGUAUGAUCUCCAGUAGGUCAUUUAUCUCUAUUAUAAAGGGAUUAAGCUAUUUAUUUCAAACAUUCAAUAACUAUACAGCUGUUUUAAGGUAAUGGGCCAACUCUUGCCCGAAUCCAAGGUCCCAUGGUGUGCCUAACCUCACCCAUAUACAAUAAAAUAUCCCUGUUUUGAUUGUUGCUAUUUGUUGUUCUUAAUUAUUAGAGCAAUAUCAUUGCCUGUUGCUGUUAUUGCAUAAAGAUUGGAAAGAUGAAUUUUCAAAAUAUAAUUUUUGUCUCCAGGCAUACAUGCCUGCUUGUGAUGCUCUCUUGCCUGAUUUCCUGUAUUAUUAAAUUAUUACCCAAUAUCAUCUAAGUCGCAAAUGUAACAAUCAUUGUACCAAUGUUUUCUUUUUAUGCAAUAAGUUCUAUAUGACUAUAGUCUAUUUUCCAUGCAUUACGUAAUGUGUGACAUUUGUUCGAACCACCACCAAACAUUUUAUAAGAGUGGACGCGUGGUAAAGACCCCAACGUGGAAUAAAUUUUCAAAAUAAACCU